AUGGGCGAGCCGCUGGCAAGGGAAGCUGUGAGGGAGCGCAUCGAGAACUUGGAGCGACCGCAGCUCGAUGACCGCUCCUAUCGCAUCAUCACGCUGCCAAACAAGCUUGAGGUGCUGCUGAUACACGAGGCGGGGAGCGACAAGGCGGCUGCCGCGCUGGAUGUCAACGUGGGCAGCUUCAGCGAUGCCAAGGACAUGCCGGGCAUCGCCCACGCAGUCGAGCACCUGCUGUUCAUGGGCACGGAGAAGUACCCAAAGGAGAACGCAUACAACACGUACCUGACUUCCCACGGCGGCUACUCGAACGCCUUCACUGCCGCCACCUCGACCAACUACUACUUCGAAUUGUCCUACCAGCCCGCUACGGAAGACACAGACCUCGACUCAAAGGAGGAUUCGCCGCUGUGGGGCGGGUUGGAUCGAUUCGGCCAGUUCUUCAUAGCCCCGCUGUUCCUCGAGGACACAGUCGACCGCGAGAUCAAGGCGGUCGACUCGGAGAACAAGAAGAACCUGCAGAACGACACAUGGCGGCUGCACCAGCUGAACAAGGCCCUCGCAAACCCCGAACACCCAUACUGCCACUUCUCGACGGGAAGCUGGAAGACGCUGCACGAUGACCCGAUUGCGCGAGGCGUGAAGAUCCGCGACGAGUUCAUGAAGUUCCACUCCAAGCACUACUCGGCGAACAAGAUGAAGUUGGUUGUCUUGGGCCGUGAGAGUCUGGAUACAUUGGAGCAGUGGGUGGAGGACGUCUUUGCGCAGGUACCGAACAAGGACUUGCCCAAGUCGCGAUGGGACAUGCCGGUCUACACAGAGAAGGAGCUGCUUACACAGGUUUUCGCAAAGCCGGUCCUGGAGUCGAGGUCGCUAGAACUUCAGUUCUUGUACCGCGACGAGGAGGAAUUCUACGAGUCCCACCCAUCGAGAUAUCUCAGCCACCUGCUUGGUCACGAAGGUCCCGGCAGCAUCCUUGCAUACAUCAAAGAGAAGGGUUGGGCGAACGGACUGGGCGCGGGAGGGUCUACCUUGUGCCCUGGUUCUGGUCUGUUCAGCGUCAACGUGAAGCUGACAGAGGAGGGUCUGAAGAACUACAAGGAGAUCACGAAGAUCAUCUUUCAAUACAUCGCUAUGAUCCGCGAGCAGCCACCCCAGGAAUGGGUAGUGGACGAGCAGAAGCGCAUCAGCGAGGUCGAGUUCCGCUUCAAGCAGAAGAGCCCGCCGAGUCGAACCGCGAGUGGGUUGGCUGGUGUCAUGCAGAAGCCGUACGAUCGCACAAAGCUUUUGAGCGGCCCAGCAGUCAUCAGCAAAUUUGAUUCCAACCUCAUCAGUGAGGCGAUGUCGUACCUGCGACCCGACAACUUCAGGAUGACCAUCGUUAGCCAGGACUUCCCGGGCGACUGGGACCGCAAGGAGAAAUGGUACGGUACCGAGCACAAGGUUGAAAAGAUUCCCGAAGACUUGCUCAAGGAGGUCAGAGAAGCGUUUGAGAGCAAGCGCAGGCCCAAGGAGUUACACUUCCCUCACCGUAACGAGUUUAUUCCGAGCCGUCUAGACGUUGAAAAGAAGGAGGUGGAGACACCGGCCAAGGAGCCAAAGUUGAUCAGGCAUGACGACAAUGUGCGCAUCUGGUGGAAGAAGGACGACCAGUUCUGGGUGCCGAAGGCAAACGUUCACAUUUACUUCAAGACGCCGAUUACAUACGUUAGCGCACGAGUAGUGCUCAUUUGCACGCUCUUCCGUGAGCUUGUCAAUGAUGCGCUUGUUGAGUACUCAUACGAUGCCGACAUCUCAGGUCUAGUAUACGACUUCAGCAACCAUAUUAGUGGUCUUUCGAUCACUGUUAGUGGAUACAACGAUAAGCUGCACGUUCUACUUGAGAAGGUUCUUCUGCAAGUACGCGACCUGGAUGUGCGCGAAGACCGCUUUGCCGUCAUUCACGACAGGAUGUCACGAUCUCUGCGCAACUGGGAUAUCGGGCAGCCGUACGGACAAGUCGGCACCUACUCACGCACAUUCAAGAGCGACAGGAGCUUCAUGAACGAGGACCUGACGAAAGAGCUGGACAAUGUGACAGCCAAGGAUGUGCAGGAGUUCUACCCUCAGAUCCUGGCCCAGUGUCAGAUUGAAGUUCUAGCUCACGGCAACUUGUACAAAGAGGAAGCAUUGAAGAUCACGGAUCAGGUCAUCGAGAUCAUGAAGCCUAAGCACCUUCCGCCGAGCCAGAUUCCCAUCCGACGAAACAUCGUUCUGCCUCCCGGUAGCAACUUCAUCUAUGAGAAGCAACUGAGAGACCCUGCGAACGUGAAUCACUGCAUCGAGUACAGCUUAUACGCUGGCAACCGAUAUGACAACGACCUCCGCGCCAAACUGCUUCUUGUCGGACAGAUGACCGACGAGCCGUGCUUCAACCAGCUGCGAACUAUUGAGCAACUCGGCUACGUUGUCUUCUCGAGCGCAGCCUUCCACGACACCUGGGCAGGUUACCGUAUUCUGAUCCAGAGUGAGAAGGACUGCAGAUACCUCGAAGGUCGCAUCGAGAACUUCCUGAACUCCUUUGAGAAGACACUUCAAGAGAUGAGCGAAGAAGACUUCGCGAGCCACAAGCGAGCCAUCAUCAACAAGCGUCUGGCGAAGCUGAAGAACCUGAGUCAGGAAGACAACAGGUUUUGGAAUCAUAUCUACAGCGACUCGUAUGAUUUCCUGCAAGCCGACACCGACGCCGAGUACAUCGGCAAGCUCACCAAAAAGGACCUCACAGACUUCUACGCGCACUACAUGUCCACCUCCUCUCCUCAGCGUGCCAAGCUCUCCGUACAUCUGCAAGCGCAAUCCAAGCCCAAGGAGCCUACACUCGACGAGAAGAAACAAGCCGCCAUCGCUGCGCUCAGCGUCGUCCUCGGCGAGUACAAGAUCGAGGCUGAUACCGAGGAUGUCAAGACCCGCAUCAACGACGUCUCCUCUGCCGAGUCCAUCCCUGACGCUGUUGCCACAUACCUCAGCACCCUAUCCCUCGACAAAGAGAUCACAGACAAGAUCCUCGACUCCGCGAAGGCGGCACUGGGUAUCGCCGACGCUGGUCUGCCCGCCGAGCCAGAAGUCAAAGAAGACGCAGCGAGCUCGUCAGGCGCGGGCCAGCCGGUUCUCAUCAAGGAUGUGUAUGCAUGGAAGGCGGGCAUGCAGGUCAGCGCUGGCGUUAAGCCGGUCAAGCCACUGGAUAACUUUGUCGAGAUUGCGGAGAGGCUUUAG